UUCUGUACUGCAGGACUAGUAAGAAAACACAAGCAUGGCCGUGAAGUAAAUCUACCAGCAGGAGGCAGCAGCACGCACGCUUUUCUAGCAGCAGGCGAGAGGAUGAGGACGACCCAGUGUGUUUGCAAGUUUAGCUCAGCAUGUGCUGGAAAAUUCUGCUCUUUAAUGAGGAAAAAUGUCUUGAUUUCUAGUGAGAACAGAAUAAUAUCAACCAAAGGCACAAAUUAAAAAGUGAAGGAAGUUGUAGAAACAAAGUAAGGCCACAUGUUGAUUUGAGGAACUCGCCCUCAGGACCCAAUCAUCACCAAGUUGUGAAAGAACCAGAGGGAAACGCCAGGAGUUCCCUCUUCUUCAAAGCUGUGCAGUGUGCAAGAACUACUAGGCGGAAAGGUUGCACUGAACCCUCGAAAGAAAGUUUUUGUCUGUUUAUUUAAACCAGUGACGCCACAUCUUUGGACAUUGUCUUUGAGGUCGCGUUUGACGCUUUUCGCUUUGUUUUCUAAAACCACGACUAUACAUGGAGUCAUCUCUCGAAUUUUCCAACUCUUUGGGAAGUGUGUCCUCGCUGCUGACUCGCUAUCGGACCUUUAAAGUGCUGAUGAUAGGAGACUCCGGCGUGGGGAAGACCUGUCUCACACACCGAAUCUGCGGCGGACAGUUCCCCAGCAGAGUGGAGGCCACCAUCGGGGUGGACUUCCGCGAGAGGCUGCUUGAUAUCGAUGGAGAGAAAAUAAAACUCCAGCUGUGGGACACAGCAGGACAGGAGCGCUUUCGUAAGUCCAUGGUGCAGCAUUACUACCGAAAUGUCCACGCUGUGCUCUUCAUAUAUGAUGUCAUCUGUCCCGGCAGCUUCAACGGCCUGAUUGCCUGGAUAGAGGAGUGCAGGCAGAACUCCCUCGGACAGGACAUCCCCAGACACACAGGAAACAUACGGACACACACUAGUUCACCUGCCGCUGACAACACAGUGAAUAUGUUCAGCAGACGUGCAUGGCAGAGGGUCGGGCCCCUGGCACGAAGAGCUUUCAGAUUCGUGUCCGGAAAUGCCCCAGUGCGACAGAUGGCCUUCAGGCUUCCUGGACACACCACCAACAAGACGUACAUUCUUUUGUGCGGAGGAGGCCUCACUGCUGCAGUUGUUUACGCUUACAAGACGGUUCGUGGUGAUAGUGAGUGCUACAAGGGCAAAUCAGCCAACAUGGGCUCCGCAGCAAAGGCUCCAGCAGCUGAAACCACCCCCAUAAAAGAGGCAGCAGAGGUCAUCUCCAAGUCUUCCCCCACUCCUGCAGAACCAGUAGCAGAGGCUGCUACUGAACCUGUCAUCGAGGUCGCAUCUGAAGAGGCAGCCACUAAGGCCUCUGGGGGGGGCGUCACCGAGGAGGCAGAGACCACGCCCACAGCCCCCGAAGCUGCCUCUGAGGUGGUCGUCACAGAGGAGGCUGUCCCACUUGUAGUGGGAGAGGCAGCCCCUGAAGCUGCCCCUGUUGCCACAGUGCCAUCAGAGGCCCUCGCAGCAGAGAGCGGUGGUACGGCAGCAGUUGAUGAAGCCCCUCCCACUCCCCCCACUGAAGCAGAGACCGCGCCCACAGCCCCCGAAGCUGCGGAUGUCUCUGCUGCAGAGGUGGCUGCAUAA